AUGGCCUCCCCCGGCAACCCUAAUACUCCUCCACCUUCGCCGCACCAGCAACAACAGCCCCCUUUCGACAUGGCCAAGUUCUUUAAACCCACCACUUCCCCCCAAACCCAUCCCCCACAAAACCCUAACCCUAAUCUCAACUCCGCCGCCUUCCCUAUCCCUCCUUCCUCCUAUCCUCCCCCUUCUGGGCCCUACUCCUACCCUCCCCAAACGGCGCCGUUUCACCAGAACCAAUUCCAUUACCCUCAGCCCCAAAUUCCUUACCCUCCUCAAGACCACCAUCUCCUCCAGCAGCAGCAGCGCUCCCUCUCCUUCCCCAUCCCGCCCCUCCAGCCUCCCGGUAAUUACAACAUUGCCACCGCCGCCUCCAACCCCGCCGCCUCCGGAAACCCCAAUUCCGGCGCCAGGAUCAUGGCCCUGCUCGGCGCGCCGUCUUCCGGCGUCGAAAUGCCGCCGCAGCAGCCGGAGAUGUCGGCCCCCGGGAUGGUGCCCGUUCUUCCCAUGGGGAUCCCGCCGUCGCCGUCUCGAAUGCCGAGCAAUAAGCUGCCGAAAGGGAGGCAUUUGAUCGGAGAUAGUGUGGUUUACGAUGUGGAUGUUAGGCUGCCCGGGGAGUUUCAGCCGCAGCUGGAAGUUACGCCGAUUACGAAGUAUGGUUCGGAUCCUCAGCUGGUUUUGGGCAGACAAAUUGCAGUGAAUAAGUCGUAUAUAUGCUAUGGAUUGAAGCAAGGGAAUAUUAGGGUUUUGAAUAUACACACUGCGUUAAGAUCUUUGUUUCGAGCUCAUACACAGAGGGUCACAGACAUGGCUUUCUUCACUGAGGAUGUUCACCUUUUGGCUAGUGUGAGUGUAGAAGGACGGCUUUUUGUGUGGAAAAUUUCUGAAGGUCCGGAUGAAGAAGGUACGCCACAAAUCACAGGAAAGAUUGUUGUUGCCAUUCAAAUAGUUGGUGAGGGGGAAGCUGUUCAUCCACGAGUUUGUUGGCACUGUUUUAAACAAGAGGUUUUGGUGGUUGGGGUUGGGAAGCGUGUUCUACGAAUUGAUACUACUAAAGUUGCAAAGGGUGAAGUCCCUUCUGCUGAGGAUCCUAUCAAAUGUCCUGUUGAAAAGCUUAUUGAUGGGGUCCAGUUUGUUGGUAGACAUGAUGGAGAGGUGACAGAUUUAUCAAUGUGCCAAUGGAUGACCACCCGACUGGUUUCUGCUUCUAUGGAUGGAACAAUAAAGAUCUGGGAAGAUCGCAAGUCACAACCACUUUUAGUACUGAGACCCUAUGAUGGCCUUCCUGUUUAUUCGUCUAUAUUUGUGACAGCUCCCAACAAACCAGAUCACAUCAUACUUGUAACAGUGGGUCCCCUAAAUCGGGAAGUGAAGAUCUGGUCCUCAGCAAGUGAAGAAGGCUGGCUGCUUCCUAGUGAUGCUGAGUCAUGGAAAUGUACCCAGACCUUAGAGCUAAAGAGCUCUGCUCAACCUCGAGUUGAGGAUGCAUUCUUUAAUCAAGUCAUAGCAUUGUCACAAGCUGGCCUUCUUUUACUUGCAAAUGCUAAGAAGAAUGCCAUAUAUGCUGUGCACAUAGACUUUGGUGGUGAGCCAGCAGCUACACGCAUGGAUUACAUAGCAGAAUUUACUGUUACAAUGCCUAUUUUGAGCUUUACGGGGACAAGUAUAUCUCCUCAUGGUGAACAAAUCGUUCAGGUUUAUUGUGUCCAAACACAAGCCAUUCAACAGUAUGCUUUGGACUUAUCGAAGUGCUUACCUCCCCCGCUGGAGAAUUCAGGUUUAGAAAAGACAGAUUCCACUGUUUCACAUGAUGCAAUUGAGGCGCUGUCAGCUAAUUCAGCACCGAAACCAACCAUCCAAGCUACUACUCCUGAAGGUGCAGCUGCCUCGAGGUAUCCUCUGCGCACUGGUUCGGUUGAUGCUGCCACUUCGAAAGAUAUUACCACUUCUUCUAUAGAAUCAAAACCUGUUGCAUCGGCACCGGAGAUGAAUGACGCAGAUGUUUUUGUAGCAACAGAACCUCCUCCUUUGAGUCCUCGGUUGUCCGGGAAACUGUCUGGUUUAAGAAGCCCGACAGAUAGCACCCAUAGUGGUGACCAACAAAUUAAUGAGUACUCGGUUGACAGGCAUAUGAAUACUGCUCGUUCGAACUUGUCUGAUACGCCUGCAGUUGCUGAUGAUUCAAGGAAUGAUGAGCAGAAAAUUGUACAAGAUGAAGUGUCUAGUGUGCUUAAUCCUCCUAUCAUGUUCAAACAUCCAACCCAUCUGAUAACUCCCUCUGAGAUUUUAAUGGCUGCUUCUUCAUCUGAAAAUACAAAUGCAGUUGACAGCAACACUGAUGGGGAUGCAAAAGUCCAAGAUGUGCUUGUUAACAGUGAUGUGGUUAAUCCUGAGGUAGAAGUCAAAGUUGUCGGUGAAUCAAGAUCUACUCAAAUUGAUGAAUUUGGCUCCCAACGAGAACUCCAAAAUGCUGUUUCAGAGAAUAAGGAGAAGUACUUUUGCUCCCAGGCAUCAGAUCUUGGAAUUGAAAUGGCCCGGGAUUGCUGUGCAAUAUCAUCAGAAUCAUUUAUAACAGAGGAAGCUCGGCAAGGUGAUGGUGCCAGCAUGUCUGCACCACUUGCUCAGCCUCAUUCCGGAGAGGAGGAUCAGGACCAGUCCGCAAAAGAUGUAUCUGGGUCGUCUGCCGCCACAACCACGUCGCAACUACAAACACCAAAUGCAAAGUCGAGAAAACAGAAAUGGAAAAAUAUGCAAGCAUCAGGUCCAUCUUCCCCAUCACUAGGUGUGCUCAACUCAGUAGAGUCCUCCAAUGAAGCAGGCGGGAGUUCAAGUGGAGAAGCUGAAGUUCCUCAAAUUAUGGCCAUGCAGGAUAUGAUGAAUCAGCUAAUGAAUAUGCAAAGAGAAUUGCAAAAACAGAUGACAAUGAUGGUUACAAAGGAAGGAAAAAGAUUAGAGGUGGCUAUGGGUCGGAGUAUGGAGAAGGCUGUAAAGGCCAAUAAUGAUGCUCUGUGGGCUCGGUUUCAAGAAGAGAGUUCAAAAAAAGAUGCUCAGUUGGCUCGGCUUCAAGAAGAGAUUUCAAAGAGUGAGAAAUUAUCGCGAGAACGUAGUCAACAAGUAACUGGUGUGAUCAAUAACUUUGUAAACAAGGACUUUCCAGUCAUGUUGAAAAAAGAAAUAGCUGCUGCUGGACCAGCUGUCGGCCGUGCAAUCACUCCAUCUAUAGAGAAAACAAUACCUUUGGCUAUAUCUGAUUGCUUUCAGAGAGGAGUGGGCGAUAAAGCAGUUAAUCAAUUGGAGAAAUCGGUCAACUCAAAACUUGAAGCUACUGUAUCCAGGCAAAUCCAGACGCAGUUUCAAACUUCGGGUAAACAAGCUAUUCAGGAUGCUCUCAAGUCUAGCAUGGAAGCUUCAGUGGUACCUGCCUUUGAGAAGUCAUGUAGAGCCAUGUUUGAGCAAGUAGAUGCUACAUUCCAGAAAGGAAUGCUUGAACAUACAACUGCCGCUCAGCAGCAUUUUGAGUCUGCACAUUCACCAUUGGCCCAUGCUUUAAGGGAAGCUAUUAGCUCCGCAUCAUCAGUGACUCAAACCCUAAGCGGAGAACUGGCUGAUGGCCAACGCAAGUUAGUGGCUCUUGCAGCUGGACGGGGAAACUCAAGUGCUGUGAAUCCCAUAGUCACUCAACUAACCAAUGGACCCUUGGGUGGUCUCCACGAGAAGGUUGAAGUGCCUUUGGAUCCAACAAAGGAGCUGUCAAGGUUGGUGACUGAACGCAAGUAUGAAGAGGCUUUUACAGGUGCUCUGCAAAGAAGUGAUGUCGGCAUUGUAUCAUGGUUGUGUGCUCAGGUUAAUCUUCAAAGCAUAUUGUUGCUGCAACCUGUUCCUCUGAGCCAGGGAGUACUUCUAUCUCUCUUGCAACAGCUUGCCUGUGAUAUCAACAAUGAUACACCUCGUAAACUUGCAUGGAUGACAGAUGUGGCAACCGCCAUAAACCCAAGCAACCAGAUGAUUGCAAUGCAUGUAAGACCCAUCUUUGAGCAAGUUUAUCAGAUACUGCACCAUCAACAUAGCUUGCCUACACUCUCCAGUGUCGAGCAACAUAGUCUUCGUCUUCUCAUGCAUGUCAUUAACUCCAUGAUGAUGGCCUGUAAAUGAUCAACUCUGUCCACAGUUCUACCAUUGUGCAAGAAACAUGAUUUAUAUGGACAUUUUGUACAAAUCUGCUGUUUGUCUCCUUAUGAAAGGAUUACCAAACUGUGUAGAGUCAGCUUCCGUGGAAUUGGAUAGAUAGAGAGGCUAGGUGUUUUGGUUUUUCUUGAUUCAACUUUGAUGUUCU